ACACAUGCCGAGCUGACGUCGACUGCGCCGCGUCCGGUUUCUGUGGUUGGUGGUCUCCGCGCAGCUCGGUGGGAGCGGGAGGGAACAUGUGAGGAAGAAGUCCGGGUAGUUCGUGAGGGGCGGACGAGGGGAGUGAAAAAGCCAAAAGAGAGGAGGGGGAGGCACCUGUGAGACGGAGCGGGUCCGCCUACAAGCAGCACCGCCGCGGCCGCGUCGAGUUUAAUCGCGGCGCGGCACAGUUUCCAGACAUAUUUUAGUGAGGCGGAGGAAGAGGAAGAGGAGGAGGAGGAGGAGGAGGAAGUCACCGCCGCUGAGACACAGACAGACAGACAGACAGACAGACAGAGAUCCACAGUCUGACUGCGUGUUGUUGUCACGGACUCAACUUGUGAGGUGAGCUGUGACUGUCCCCUUCAUUGUCUCCCUGUGCACCUGCACAUACCGUGUGCUCAGAGACUGUGCUGCACUUGGAGAACCCAUGGCUUCUGGCCCUCCAUCCCCCUCUGAAGGCCGCAGGCUCGGGCUGCUGGAGUUGCUACUCGGGCCUCUGUUAGUUUUGUUGGUUUCUGGGCUGGGACCAGCGCUGGGACAGAAGGUCUACACCAACACAUGGGCCGUCCACAUACCUGGAGGUCAGGAGGAAGCUGAUGGAAUUGCCAGUAAACAUGGGUUCAUGAAUUACGGACAUGUAUUUGGUGAUUAUUAUCACUUUCGGCAUCGCACAGUAGUGAAGAGGUCGCUGUCAGAUCACAGAGGGACACAAGUCCGUCUACAAAAAGACCCCAAGGUGACUUGGGCAGAACAACAGGUGUCGAAGAGGAGGAAAAAGAGGGAUACUUUCGCAGAACCUUCAGAUCCCAAGUUCAGAGACCAGUGGUACCUGUACAACAGCAACCAACGUGACUUGAAUGCCAAAGCUGCGUGGCAGAUGGGCUACACAGGUAAAGGUGUGGUGGUGUCCAUCCUAGAUGACGGAAUAGAGAAGAACCAUCCGGACCUGAUGCAGAACUACGACCCAGAUGCCAGUUACGAUGUGAAUGAUGGCGACCCAGAUCCUCAGCCCCGAUACACGCAGCUUAAUGAUAACAGGCAUGGAACACGAUGUGCUGGAGAAGUGGCAGCAGUAGCCAACAAUGGGAUCUGUGGAGUCGGUGUGGCCUAUGAUGCCAAGAUUGGAGGUGUGCGUAUGCUGGACGGUGAGGUGACUGACAUGGUGGAGGCCCAGUCUCUCAGCCUGAACCCCCAACACAUCGACAUCUACAGUGCCAGCUGGGGCCCGGAGGACGACGGCAAGACGGUCGACGGACCUGCCAAACUUGCCAAAGAAGCCUUUCUGCGUGGAGUUACAGAGGGCCGCAAUGGUUUGGGCUCCAUCUUUGUGUGGGCCUCUGGAAAUGGAGGGAGGGAGAAGGACAGUUGUAACUGCGACGGCUACACCAACAGCAUCUACACGCUGUCCAUCAGCAGCUCCACCCAGAACGGCAAUGUCCCCUGGUACAGCGAGGCUUGCUCCUCCACCCUCGCCACCACCUACAGUUCGGGGAACCUCAACGAGAAGCAGAUAGUGACCACAGACCUGAAAUCAAAAUGCACAGAUUCCCACACAGGCACCUCUGCCUCCGCCCCGCUGGCUGCUGGGAUCAUCGCUCUUGCCCUUGAGUCCAAUAAAAACCUGACCUGGAGGGAUAUGCAACAUCUGGUUGUACGAACUUCUCACCCGGCCCACCUGCUCACCAACGACUGGAGGACCAAUGGGGUUGGACGCAAAGUCAGCCAUUCAUAUGGAUAUGGUCUACUUGAUGCCAGUGCCAUUGUAUCACUGGCAAGUACAUGGAACAGCGUGGGGCCGCAAAGGAAAUGUGUGAUCACCAUGGUCUCUGAUCCAAGGAAUAUUGGCAGCCGUCUAUCGAUCAACAUGAGCGUGGGCGCCUGCAUUGGGUCAGACAGUCACGUGACCUCAUUAGAGCACGUUCAGGCGCGGCUCACCCUGUCCUACAACCGGAGGGGAAACCUGGCUAUCCACCUCAUUAGUCCUGCCGGCACACGCUCCACACUGCUCCACCCCAGGCCUCAUGACUACUCAUCGGAGGGUUUUAAUGACUGGGCUUUCAUGACCACCCACUCCUGGGAUGAGAACCCCACGGGGCCGUGGACACUGGAGAUUGAGAAUGUGGCUGGUGCCAGCGACUAUGGAACUCUGACCCAGUUCAGCCUGGUGCUGUAUGGCACCGGCUCGGCAUCCUCCAGCUCGUUUGACAAGCCGCAGCCCACCAGCAGCAGCUGUAAGACCCUGGACCUAAGGCAGAUAUGCAUUGAGUGCAACGCCGGCUACUACCUCUUUCAGCAGGGCUGUGUGAAAGAAUGUCCGGCAGGUUACUCAGUGGGCUCCCAACCCCUUAACUACACAGUGGGAAACUUCAUAUCGCCAGCUUCCGUCCCAGCCUGCCUUCCCUGCCCACUGCCCUGCCUGACGUGCAGCAGCCUGAGCCCUGAGGCCUGCCUGUCCUGCCCCCCUCACAGCUCCCUGAACAGCUUCUCUGGCACCUGCCUGCAUCUCAACCAAUACAUGCGCGAGUCCCCUGGCAGCUUCAUAGUAGGCCCGGGUAACCCUGGAACGCGGGUCCAGCUCAGCUCCCAGCUGCCCAUCACCAUUGCCGUGCUCAGCUGCAUGGCCAUCAUCGCCACCUUCGCUGGCAUCUUCCUGCUGCUGCAGCUGCGCUCAGGCGCAGUCAUCAAGCUGCCUUCUUUGGAGGGAGGUGGUGGUCUUGGGGGUAGUUUCAGCCUCGGGGGAAAUAGGGUGGUGUCUUACCGUGGCAUCCCGACAGUGUGGGGGGAUGACGGCGUAAACACAGACUCCGAAAAUGAAGAGUUUGACGUCCACAAUGAGAGGACUGCCUUUAUCAAAACACAAAGUGCUCUUUAAUGCCUCCCGCACAUCCCUCCUUUUCUCCUGCUUUUAAAAUCCUGUCAGCCCCAUUUCUCUGGUAAUUCAGGGCUGUGGUAACUGUCCUUUCACAGUCAUCCCUUUUUCUUUUUCUGUCCGCCUGGGUUUUCAGCUGAGCCCCGCUCCGGGGUCUUGUCUUCCCCUCUGCUUGUGGGAGACCUGAUGGGAAGCUGCUGUCUCUCAGAACUCGGGAUGGCCCAAGCUUUGCUUUGUUCACACAUCAACGCAUUUCUAUUAAACUGGCUCUCUCCCUCCUCUUACCCUCAAUCACUCCCAGGGUCUGUGCAGAGUCCAUUUUCCCCUCCAGCUCCCCUUUCCUACAGUAAGCAAAUGAUUAUUAUUUCCUUCUCACUAUUUCUCUCUUUCCUUCAGUCUCAGUGCAGUAGCCAGAUGAGAUUGUCGAUUGUGAAAAGUAGACGUGUGUGGUUGUGGGAGAACGAACACAUGUCUGAAUGACGGUGUGUGACUGAGCGUGUAAAUCUGAUGAAUAGUGUUGUGCCCUUUUAUAGAGAAAACUAAAGCUGCUCCUGUCACAUUAAGAACUUCAACAACUUUAACAACUGAUAACAACAAAAAAGAUAAUUCUACCCAGUGUUGUUUGGUGACAUUAACGUUCAAACGUCUGUUCAGAAAAGCAUCUCUUAUCCGUAGUGCUUUACAAGUGCAUUUUAAAAAUCUAGAGCGUGGUAAGUGAGAAGGAAAUGUCCAGACUUUGGUGGUUUAAAAUUCUGUGUCAAGAGUCAGAGAAACAAAACAGGCUGAGAGCUUUCUGGAUACGUCAUCUGUCAUCUUCCUUUUCAUUACCAGACGGUUAUUGUAUUUACUUGGAGCAAAAUCCAUCUUUCAUAGAGUCGCUCUUUUUAUCUACACAGUCAUUGUUCUACGUGUGAUUGGGGGCUUUAGUUCUUCUAUUGUUGACACGAUCUGGAAUGAUCUCUCAGCUCUGGCAGAACAAACUGAGUCAAACAACUAGCAACGUUUUUCCUGCCUUCUGGGAUUCUCAAUGAACAGACCGUAUCGUGGUUAAGAAACUAUAAAUUCUCAUGGAGGGCUCCCAAGAAAUUGAUAGAUUAAAAGCAAUCUCACACACACACACCACACACAGAGAAUUGCAGAUUGGCUACUAUAUCAACCCUGAGGCACAAUCCCUUCUGGGGAUAUUCAAUGUCUGACAUGCUCACACCCUGCGGCUGAGAGAGAAGCAGCUGAGAUGCUGAUGGGACCCAGAACAAUGUGGGACUGUCGAGCACAAGAGCUUCUCCAAGCAGCUGGCGGCUGUUGAGUUACCUGUGAUUGAUUUCUUGACGGAGCAGAAACGACAACAAUACAUUAAGGCUUUCCCCUUUAGUUAGAGCACAUUAGCACCACAAACACCUAUUAUACACAGCUCAUAUCACUGUGUGUGUGUGUGUGUGUGUGUGUGUGUGUGUGUGUGUGUGUGUGUGUGUGUGUGUGUGUGUGUGUGUGUGUGUGUGUGUGUGUGUGUGUGUGUGUGUGUGUGUGUGUGUGUGUGUGUGUGUGUGUGUGUGUGUGUGUGUGUGUGUGUCGGUCAAAGGCGGCGAAAAAAUGAAUUUGCCUUCUGACGUGAAGCUUUCUUUUCCUCCCUCAUCUCACGGUUCCUGCUCUUUUUCUUCAAAUCUUGAAUAUUGUUUGGAAAUCCUGCGUCGAGUCUCCACAUCUCAUCAGCGUCUCUGCACUUCCCCUCCAGUCUUCAUCUAAUCUGAAAUUCAGAUCAUCUCUCAGUGUACUUGCCAAUUAAUUAUAUUCUGAAUGAUGCUGAACUAUUUAUUCUGAGAGAUUUUUAAUUAUACCUUUAGGGAAGAUAGUUUUAGAGUGAUUUUUCUUCCGGGCAGGUUAUGAUCUAAAAUAUGCAGCUCGUGAUUUAAUCCAGUGUAGCCACAUUGAAUCCAUUGAUCUCUUUUUCUGCUUUGUUGAAAUGAUGAUUAUUAUUAUUAUUAUUGCUGGUAGAAACACAGUGGAGCUUGCUGAGAGAGGUUGUCAUGGUGAUGACGUGCAUACAAAACUGCAGCUGCUCAUCGUUUUAUCUACCUCUCAUAUCAUUCAGCAAGGUUUCAUAUGCAGUCAGAGGAGCUGUUAAAUGAUUAUAGAGGUCACAUUAUAUUUAGGACAGAUAUGAAAACACUCAAAUCUAUGUUGUAGAAGAGAAACAAGCAAUUUGCAAUUCAGAAACUGUAAAGCUGCUGUGUAAAUCCUAGUCCUCUAUCGCUCCUGAAGUGUGUGUAUGUAUGCCUUUAUGAUCAGCGCUCAUGGGCAGCCAUCGGCUUUGUAAUAGAAAAUGGAGGGUUUGCCCAUAGAUCUUGUUGGCCAGCGUUUUAAGUGCUGAAAUCGAUGUAAAAUAGUUGUGGGCGUUUGUUUUCCUUACCGCUCGCACUCAGUCUCUACUCAGACUGUUCCACUUGGGGUUGAGACCUUUUUCACUUCUGUCACUGACAAUCAAUUUCCUUGUUUUUUGGGUGAAGGUGCACAACCACACAAAACAAAUCCAUUUUAAUGAAACCGCAUGUGUUGGGAAGCCUUCUCAGAAGGAGUAACACAUGAGAACUGCGUGUAGAGUUGAAUGUGAUUUGAAUAGAAAAAGUUUGGUCAAAGUAAAAAAAAAUAUAUAAAAAAAUCAGCAGAGAAUAAAGAAAAUUUAAACCUGCCAAAAAUCCUGUGCAGAUGGAUGGAGAAGAGCUGGUGUGUGUCCUCUCAAACACAACAUUGUGCCAGGAAGCCUAAUUCAUCUCAGAUGGCCAGUGCAGGUGGAGCACAUUUGGCUUAUCGUGGCAGAUUCCGCCAGAAAGCACUAAACUGGAUUGGAAACCAACCAGAGGAUGUGGCCUUAGAGAAAGUUAAUACUGUUUGUGUGCUGUACAUUAGUGCCCACUGCCAUUUAGGCUUUGAUUAUCCCCAGUUUAAGACGGAUACUCAUUCAAAAAUGUAAUAACUGCAGCCUCAGACUGGAGACGCCAAAUAUGAUUGGCUUCCCAGCGUGGUUAAGUGUGCAAACAACAGAUAAUGUUGCUCAUUAUCUGUUGUGGCAACAAAAUUGCCUCCGCAAAUUAUUUUCCUGAACUCUGGAGGCUCUGAAUUUGCUCUUUUAGGUGAACAAUACUGUGGGACUUCUACCAGUUUGAUGCCAUUAUUAUGGAUAGUUGAUGCUCAGUCUAGUCAGCGUUGUAUAUUCUACAUCUUCCCUUAGAAGAGAUUCUUAUUGCUUCCAGAAAAAUGACAAAGUUUCUCCAAAAGUGCACACAUGAAAACAUGUAUCCAUCAUGUUGUCGUCACUACAGCUUGAUAAAACUCUGAAAACUUUAAACUGAUGAACUCUGAGUAUUCAAGUGUCUUAAACUUUUAAGAAUAUCACGGACGCAGACAGGCAUUAAGUAGCGAGUGCUUCCAAAGCACGGGGAGAGAAACCAUUAGCAGUCAGCUUUCUCCCUUCACUGCAAGAACGUGAUGGAAACGCCACACUAAAAAAGAGUAAGAGGUUCUCUAAUCGUGCCAGAAAACUGCUCCUAAUUAUAAGGCAACCUCUUCAUUGGCACUGGAGUGUGAAGCCUGUUAAUAUACAAAGUUACAGGAAUGUUAGGAAACAAAAGUGCUCAUUGCAAAUUGUUGUCUCUGAUUAUAAAAGAAAAGAAGACACAGACUUUGUCUUUAUAUUAACUGAUUCAUGUCGUGUGGAGCUGCGGUCCGCCCUCAGGACGCAGCCGGAGGUGAUCCAUAUUAAGUCGGAAAGAGUUGAUCGGAGCAAUAUCUUUGGCAUAACCAAAUACAAUCAUUUCACUGCUGUCUGAUGUACCGCUUAGACGCGUUUUGCUUUCAGGUUGUCACAGUCCAUCGACCCCGUUCGCUUGCGUUCAAAGUGUUAUGUUGAUCUCAUCCUGUCAUCUCUGCCCUUUUUGUUUUGAGACACCCUGUUCAGCAGCUGUGGAGGGAGGAGGCAGAAUGUAUCCCAUCUCCAUUAACUUAAGGGCUGAAUCAGAUCUGCGUGCGUCCGUGUGUGUGCACAUGCUUGUUGAAGUAUAAAUAAAACACUUUGUGACGGGGCGGUUAGUGAAGCGGCCUCAGACGACUCGGUUGACCUCCUGCCGCCUCCUCGGGAGGUUCCUGGCCUGUGGCUGCACACAGUACCUUACAGAUUUGUGACCUAUGAAUAGUGUACAAGAAUGACUAUCUUAUAUGGGACAUAACUCUAAAAUAAGGCCUAUUUUUGUACUACAUGAAUGGUGCAGUGUAAUUUUCUUGUAAUUUAAGGAUUUUUUUUUUUCUUUUGCUCUUGUUUUUCUCCUUUUUAUUUAAUUGAUGUCAAUUAUAGAUUCUACUAAAAUAAAGAUCUAUGCAAAUUUGAA